ACUUUUCCUACCAGCGUGAUCGCUCUAUGCAAAUCCCGCAAAUUUACUGCAUUCGUCCCAUGAGCGGGCAAUAGUGACCGCUAUGGACGCCCCGAACGCGUACCGCCGCACUCUACGCAUGUUCUACUGCUUCCAAGUGCAACACGGGGACUCGAGAUAAUUUUCCGAUGACAGUCUGUCGGAAUAAUUUGUCGCGUAGAGGUUCAGUCAAGCUCUUUUGGCCCGGAAUAGACCUAUCUCAGUUUCUCCGUCGAUGAUGAUCUCUAGUUUCCUAGCCUUGAAGCUCGGUCCUGUUUUUGCUUAUAUACCGGGGGUGUUUCGUCGAGUAUUGCAUCGCCGUUGACCAUGAUCUCUCUGUCGAUUAUCUCUGUCGUGCUCUGCUUUGUCAGUCUCGUUUCUGCUGCUCCGUCUGAGCUGCAAAAGCGUCUUGAUACCUUGACCCAUUGCGGCCAAUAUGACAGUGUCAACACCGGCACAUACACUCUAUACCUCAACCAGUGGGGCAAGAAUGGUGCCACGUCUGGUCAAUCAUGUGCUGCUGUUACCUCUACGAGUGGUAACAACAUUGCGUGGACUACCAGCUGGACUUGGAGCGGCGGCGACGGUGUGAAGAGCUACACGAACAUCAAUGCCAACAAAGGUAUUAACGUCAAGCUCAGCGCCAUCAGUAGUAUCAAGAGUUCGUGGGCGUGGAGCCAAACUACUAGCGGAACCGUCACGGCAAAUGUUGCUUACGAUCUGUUCACUUCCUCGUCGGCUGGUGGGAAGAAUGAAUAUGAAAUCAUGAUUUGGCUCGAUAACAUUAAUGCCAAACCCAUCUCGUACAACUAUGAUGCUACUGGCGCAGGUAUAGCCAUCGUCAAAAGCUUGUCUAUCGCCGGGUAUAAAUGGGAUUUGUAUUAUGGCAACAAUGGUUCCAACUACGUCUACUCUUUCUUGACUUCGGACAAGAGCGCCGUCAAGAGCUUCAGCGGUGACUUGAUGGACUUCUUUGAUUACCUCACCUCUAAGCAAGGGCUGAGCUCUUCUCAGUACCUCAUCACGGCUCAGGGCGGCACCGAAGCCACACAAGGGUCGGCCACCCUUAAAUCUUCAACUUUCAGUCUUGUGAUCAGUUGAAUAACCAAUAACAUUGAAUAUAUUCCUUUUACUCAGGCU